GAGAGGUUAGAAGUAGAGCAGUUCCUUGAGAAUAUGAGAUCAAGGACAUUGCCAGCUUUAUCAGUUGGUGGGGACGGAGACAGUGAGAAAGAAAAGGCGGUUAAAAUAGAUGUUAGUUCAGAUAUCUUCCCUGUCUGGAGGUUGAAGUCUCCGAGAAGUACAGUGGGAGGGCCAGUUUCAGGGAUGUGUGAGAGGAGAUUUGGAAAUAGAAAUACUGUCUGUUCAUAGGUCUGUACAUUCUUUAUGGUGAACGCAUUGAAAUGAAAUAUAUCACCUUGGCCACAGUUGUUUUUAUUGUUUAUUUUGUGAUUUCCAGUGCUUUGACAAAUGGCAAUGUGUCUCUGGACGUGCUGCCAGUGAAAGGUCCCCAAGGUCCAGCACUGAGAGUGGCAGAGCCAACCUUAAAGAAUGUCCCUCCACAGGCUUCAGAGCCAUUACACAGGCGGUCUGAGUCCUGGACCCUCCACCCAGAACAACUUGUCCUUGCAGCUCCCACCAUCAAUGGUCCGGCCUCCACUAGUCAGGUUCAGAUCCGGAACAAUACUUCCAGAGAGCUGAGCUUCGAUUUGUCCUGGCCCGCUCACUGCCUCACCAUCACCCCUCAGCAUGGAGUUAUUGAGCCUCAGUGCCACCUACAGAUUUUGAUCAGCCCCAACCCCUCACUAGCAACUAAAUCUACCCUGCUGCCAUGGAGUGGACAGAUUUAUGUCCAGUGCGACAGUCAGCAGAAGUUGAUUAAGGUCCAGAUUCGGGCGGACCUGGCUUUGGAUGUGUCCGCAGCCCCAGCAGACUCCACUCUGUCAGCCCUGCCUGCUCAGGCUGCCACUCCAGUGCUGACUGUGCCCAGACUCACUGUCCAGCCGUCACUACCCCAGCACACCCCACAGGCUCCUCUAGCCCUGCUGGAGAUCAGCAACAAGACCAUCAUGUUCCCCAGCACUCCUUCAGGGGAAACAUCAGAGGCCCAGCUGGAGGUGCAGAAUGGGAAAGUGGAAGUGAGGUGGUACCUGUCAUCAUUUGCUCCUCCAUAUGUCAAGGGGGUUGACAACACAGGAGAUGUUUACCGGGCCACUUACACUGCCUUUAGAUGCUCCGGGGCCUCAGGCACUCUGGGGGCCCAUGAGAAGAUGCAGGUGCCUAUUACUUUUCUGCCCAGGGACAGAGGGGACUAUGCCCAGUUCUGGGACUUGGAGUGCCACCCUGUGUCUGAGCCUCAGCAGAAAACCAGAAUCCGCUUCCAACUCUGUGGCACUGGAGUAAAGUCUGGAACAGUGGCAGGACCACAGGAAGGAGACUGCUCUCUGGUGAAGACAGAGGCCACAGUGAAGAGCAGGAAGAGAGCCGAUGCCUCUGCAGGCAAAACCAGUGAGGAGGAGGCCGUGCGGAGGGGUGUGUAUUCUCAACAGGAUCUGUACACCUUCCCAGUGACACGGGUGGGUGAGUCCAGCACUCUGAAGGUCAACAUCCGCAACAACUCAUCCGACACACAUGAGCUGAAAUUUGUAAACCCUAUGGAACCCUUCCAUAUCAAGCAUUCCAAAUAUUCUCUGAGAUCACAACACUAUCUGAAGCUACCUGUCCAGUUCAAGCCCGGUACUGCAGGCACAGAGGCUGGUGUGCUGCUGAUCCAGUCAGAAACAAGUGGAAGGCUUGUGAUACAGCUGACCGGUGAGGCAUCGCCUUGAACCUAUGACACUUCCUCAUUCUGGCUGGCUGGAUUUGGAGGGAUGCCAUCAUCAUAUUUUGAGGUUAGCUAUAUGGCUCCUCUGAUGUAUUUGGGAAUAUUUGCUGAUGAACUGGAGAUGACUGAGCCUCUGCUGCCAACACAGAGCCUUCUGCCUCAGAAUGUGGCACAGGUGUCCUCAGCUCUGUGUCCUCCUCGGCCCAUGAACAGUGAUGAGGUCUGAAGCGGAGUGAUUUGGCUUGACUGGCUCACAAUUAGUCUGCACAACUAUGACAUUUCACAGAGCGAAUGAUGGUUGUCCCUUCACUGUGGAUCUGGUAUUUGCCUCAUCACCGAGUCAAGUCAUAAGUCAGCCCCCCGUUAGACAUUACUGGUUGGGAUAUGUUAGGCACUACUUGGAGUUGUUUACAUAGGAUUGUCUUUGUCUCUGAUUUGAUUCUUUUAAUUUGCGAUGUUGCACAGCAUUAAUGUGAAAAAUAGGCUAAAUUAAUUUCUUGUAACCUUGUAAGACUGCUGGGAUUUGUGAAUUCUGCUUUUUCAAAAAUGUCAAAUAUAAGUCUGUCUACAUUGCACUCAAUGUUCCUGUUCUUCUAUAAUGGUGUGGUUUCUAUGGAGAUGGCUUCUCAUCCUGUGGAGGCCACCUGCACAGUGGCCUUCAUCAGCCCCAUGUGUUGACUUCCCAGCAUCUUCCAAGACUCCUUCCAAACAGUCCAGAUGUAUUUAAUUUGGACCUGAUCAGUGACGCUCACAGCAAUUUUUGAAUGGUUAAUGAUUGUUAUUACAUGCUAACAGUUUCAUCUGGCGGGGGGUUUUGUUCGGCUGCUUGCCAGGCCUGCUUAGGUUGGUUACCAUGGCAAAACAGUGUUAAUCACAGUUCCAGUCACAGAACAUUACCUCCCAAUUUCCUCUUAUGGCUCUGGGGCAAAUGUUAAAAAUUGCCUGGGGUAUUGGAUACACAUCCAUUGUUGAUUUUGGAGCUCGAAUGGCUAGACAUUUCAUCUUCAUGGGGAUGAGUUGUCAACCUUUGACAUGCCUCGCACUGUCAACCUUUGACAUGCCUCGCACUGUCAACCCUAAGGAAGAGAAUAACACUAGAGAUGAGCAUUAUUUUCCUGCUAGUAGACAUUUAAAGUCUUCUUAGUCUUAUUUUCAAAGGCAGCUCUCAACAUCCCCUGACAACAACCCUGAAACAUUUAGAUUUACAAUUUGCACAUGCAUUAAAUAGAAUAGAAUAUAAUGUAAUAUAUUGUAUGUUCACAUUUUGAAUAAAGUUUUGUC